AGAAUUUGGAAUCUUCGUCUGUACACAAAAGGUAUAUGCUCUUCGCUAUGCACAAGAUCUAACGACAGCAAACUUUGAGCAUGUAGUACGGUACGAUUCUGAUAACGCCACUCACUGCACCAAACCUACCCUUUAAAUUCUAUCGAGCAGUACUGGGUAUUGAAGUAUCAUCCCUACUUAUAUUAGAUCUCCUUUUCCGUCUCUUUUCUCUUCUUUCCUUUCUGAUUGAUAAUGAACCGUUCGUGGCUUACACUGCUACUGUUGGCUGUAUUGGUAACGACAUGUAACGGGCUCUUAUUAACAUGGCCACCACCAAACUACAGUGUCACUAUUUCCAGUGCCCUUCAAAUCAUGUGGAGGCGAACGGCCGAUACUUCAGUAUCUCCAUUCAUACCAGGUUACGUGACCAUCUAUCUCACAAACGAUGGAGCACAAGGCAGUAAUGCCACUAUGAUGGCGACAGGAAUUUCAGAUAGUUCGGGAACGACAGUUGUUUACGUCCCGUAUUCGGUUCAGCCAGGAACAUAUUAUAUCUUUUUGAACGACACAAACCCUCUUGAAUCGAUCGAUGUAGGAGGUCCGUACAACUUCAUCAAAUUAGCCGCAGCCUCCACGCCUGCCGCUUCAACACCAUCGCUGACAGCAAAUCCAGCAGAAUCAACAUCAUCAAAGACGACCACAUCGAAUUCAGGUUGGAAUUUUGGACUUCCACUGUUCAUGGUACCAGUCAUCAUUAUCAUCGUGCUAGUGAAAGUAGGCUUGCUGGUGUACACCAUCCGCCGUCGAGGAUGGCGAGCGGUAUUUAGGACCCCAUGCUGCGGGAGACGUGGCCGUCGACAGAAAAUUGUGGUGUAUGAGACUCGUUAUGUUGUGUACAAUACUGAGGUAGAAGGCAGCCAAACUCAAAUAAUAGGCCAUUCUCCUGUUCCAAUUGCACCCUAUCCCAUGAUGUACGAAGGGCCGGAAUACCCGUCGAGAUAUUCAACGCAUACCGUCUCCCAUGCUCAGGCGUACGACACACCCUACUCGCCGGAACACCCGUCGACAUACCCAACCCAUACAGUAGUCUACCCACCAACACAUAUUUCAGAACAACCUCCGGAGUAUCGACAAUCAAAGUACUAUUGAUGGAUGUUGUUGAUUUCAAAGAUAUUUUUGACGUACUGGAUGCAACUAACGGAAGCCGUUUCAUAUAUGAGGAAGAUAGAUUCAAUAUUAAUUAUUAUUUUCAAAACCUUGUCAUAAAGAUAUCAACCAUUGUCUCAA